GUCAUGACGACGGGGCGGUCGAGCGUUGUUCAUAGCAACGGACGGUUAACUUAUUAUAAAUAAAAGAGAGUUCGAUAGCUGAUAACUGUUAAAACCAGUGGGAUGAGACGGAUUCUCUCUUUGCAUUUCAUCCGAAGUUUAUAAGUUAUUAGUUAUAAGUUAUUAGUGAUUCGGUAUUAGUUAUUAUGAAUCGUCAUUCCUGCGUUGUUACAAGUCACCCAUUAAUUGAUAAGACGUUGGUCCGUUAAUUAGCGUCCGGUUUCGCUGGUUCCUUCGUCGUGGUUCGGGUCUCUAUUCCGUGUCCAGGACCUCUAACCCCCGCCGGGUCUCCAGACCGGGUCCAGGUCCCCUGACCCCCCGCCGGGUCCGGUCGGGAUGAGGACCCUGAGGUCGGAGCGGGGUGAGGAGCAGGCGGUGGCCGCGAGGAGGACGGAGUCCGCGGAUGCGCGGGAGAUCGACGCCCUGCUGGGCCCCCCAGCCGGGUCGGUGUUCGGGAGGGUCAACGUCAUCCACCUGCUGGAGCGGGCCAACCUGGCGGUGACCCUGGCCGGUGAGGGGGGUGAGGUGGUGGGCCACGCCUCCUUCCUGGACCACCCUAUAGGGGGCCUGGUGGACCCGGCCCACUGGGAGCCCUACAUGCAGAAGCACUUCCAGGCUGGGACGCUCACGCCGCUCAACACGCUCUUCCUCCACCUCUUCGUGGCCCAGCCCGGCUUCGCCCCGGACAGCGUCAGAGAGAUCCUGAGAGCCGUCUUCCAUGCCGUCCCAGAGCUGCACUUCAUCUGCCUGCUCAGCCCCCACCUCCACCCUCUAGAUCCGGUCCUGGAGGAGGUGUUUGAGCCCCUGCAGACCCACCAGGACGCCCCUCCCUGUGUGGCGCUGAUCAGCUACCGCCACCAGUACUGCCCACGCUUACACGUGCGCCAGGGCAGGGAGGAGGACCACGAUGAGCUGCUGCACAUCGUCUCGGAGCAGUCCACGGAGCUGGAGGAGAUCCUGGGCGGCUACUCCCUGGCCACGCUCCUCGAGGAGCAGGACCCCCAGCACCAGACCGCCGUCUGCGAGAGCGGGGGCGCUGCGGUGGGCUUCAUGAGUGUGAGCGCAGACGUGGAGCUGGAGGUCCUGGACCAGAGCUUUGACCUCAGUGCCUUCGGCGGGCUCUACAGACCCUCACCGGACCCCCACCCUGCCCCUCUCCCCGACAACCCCACGGAACCCGCAGCGGACCAGGGCGGGGGUGUGGAGGACGAGGGUGGAGAGGACGGCCAGCAGGCGGCGCCAGAGGCCUCCUCCCUGCAGCCCAACGUCUUCUGCGUUCAGAUGUUCGUCAUGGACAAGGAGCACGAAACCAGAUCUCUGGACUUCCUCCCCUAUGUCUUCAAACUCUUCCCUGACCGGGACCUGUGUGUGAUCGCGGUGCCCCGGCGGGCCCCUGAGGGCCCCCUGCUGCAGGGCUUCCAGAGGGUCCCCCCCCGGCCCGGCUGCACCCCUCACCAGGAGCUCUACCUCUUCCACCGCACCGGCCUGCUCAGGAGCUUCUUGGUGCGCAGGGCGGUGGGCGCGGACCGAGCCGCCGUCUGUGACCUGGUGGCGGGGGUCACAGGUCACCGGUCCCUUCUGGACGACCUGGACAUGUUCCUCCAGGCCCGCAGAGACCCGGAGGGCGUCCCACUGGAGGCGUUGGUGGCCCAGGUGGAGGGCCAGGUGGUGGGGGUGGUGAUCCUGAGAGACGAGGAGGACGUGGAGUUCCUGCGGGCGCACUACGGCGUGGAGAGCUUUGUGUACUUCAGCCAGCACGCCACCCGGGAGCACGGCCGGCUGCGCCACCUCCGCCUGCUGCCCCUCUUCCAGCACCUCACCCCCCACCUCCUCCGGGACGUCCUGCGGCUGGCCCACAAGACCUGCCUGUACCUCCGCACCUACCCCCCCCUGCACCCCGCUCAGCAGGUGGGUGACCCCUCCGUCCCCCUGGUUACUGGGGGUCCCACGGCCCCUGGACAGGGGAGAGGAGACGCUAAGAAGGUGCCAGUGGGGGCCCAGGGCAGCAGGUGGCUCUGGGCCUGCCAGCUCCAUCCUAGCUCCACCUCAGCUCCACCUCAGCUCCACCUCUCCACACCACAACCAGAGGCUUCUCCUUACCGGCUUCACAGCCUCUCCUCCUCCUCCUACUGCAUGGUCCCCCUGGCGCCCCGCCGGCAGGUGGUCUACCCCCUGGGGGAGCUGGGACACAACGCCCCCUCCUGGAGGAUCAUGCAGCAGCAGGAGGCCUUUGCGGUGAGGUUCCUGAGCAGGAAGCUGACCCUGGAGCCCAAGGUGGUGCUGAACACGCGGGUGGUGGUGGUCGGGGCGUCCCUGACCGCCCUCGCCUUCCUGGAAGUCCUCGCCCUCUGCCCUCACCUGCGCUUCACCAGCCUCACUCUGGUGUCGCCCCACGGUUUCCCUGACAACCGCAUCCACGGUGAUGCCCACUUCCUCUCCACAAGCUGCCCCCCCUCCCGCUGUAGCGACUCGGCCCUGCUGGCGGUGCGCUCCGUGGUCGCCGUGGUGACCGGGCGGAUGGUGGCCCUGCAGCGGGCGGAGAAGUGGGUGGUGCUUAGCGGGGGGGGGCGGGUCCCCUACGACCACCUCAUCAUCGCCACCGGCCUGCAGCACCAGGUCCCCUGCCCUACAGGAGCCCCUCUCGGGGGCCCCCAGACCGAGGACCUCCAGACCGAGGACCUCCAGAGCCCCCAGACCGAGGACCCCCAAAGUCCCCAGACCGAGGACCCCCAAAGUCCCCAGACCGAGGACCCCCAAAGUCCCCAGACCGGGGACCUCCACCCCCAGACCGGGGACCCCCAGAGCCCCCAGACCGGGGACCCCCAGCCCCUCCCCGGGGGGCCGCCCCCCAACCUGCUGACCCUCACAGACCAGCGGGACUGCGAUGCGGCCCGGGACCUGGUCUGCCUGGAGCUCCUGGAGACUGGAGGCAACGCCGUGGUCUACGGCGGCGGCCUGGACCUGUACACCUGCGUGGAGACCCUGCUGGCCCUGGGGGUCCCGGGAUCCCGGAUCCACCUGGUCCUCGCCCCCCCCGGGCCCGCCCCGGCCCCCUGCUGCUUCGGGGACCCGGAGGUGGGGCGGGCGGUGGACGGGGCCCUGCGGGGGGCCGGGGUCCCCGUCCACCGGGACUGUGUCCUGGCCCGGAUGGACACGGACCGCCGCUCCGGGAGGAUCACCUCCCUGUCCUUCUCCACCCGGGGCGCCCCGCUGCACCUGCCCUGUGGGGUGCUGUUCAACUUCUCCGGGGAGGGCGUCGACCGCGACGUGUUCCGCAGCGUCCACGGCGCCAGCCUGGUGUUUGACGGGCGGCUGGUGGUCGACGCCCACAACUUCCUCACCGCCGACCCGGCCGUCCGCGCCGCCGGCCCGCUCACCAAGUUCUCCCGCCGCUACCGCGCCGAGCGCUGGGCCCACGCCUGCUACAGCUCCCGGGAGGUGGGCCGGGCCCUGGCGGCGGCCAUGUUGGCUCUGUUGGACCCCACCGUGGAGCCCCCCCCCGGCCGCCCCGACCCCGACCACCUGAUCCCGGAGUACUCCCAGCCCCGGGUCCGAGGUGGGCGGCUACCUGGGGGGUUCCACUACCUCCACGUCUCCAAGCCCUCGCCCCUCCCCCCCGUCCAGCCCCCGCCCUCCGCCCUCCCCCUGUUCCAGCCGCCGCCACCCCCCCAGCAGGGGGCGGCGGUGGUGACGGGGUCCGUGGACGAGGGGAACUACUUCCGGAUCCACCUGGACCGCUACCAGAAGGUCGACGCCCUCACCUGUCUGUCUCUGGAGCCCCUCCCCCUCUCCAACUACCUGUGUCUGUACGGCCGCCACCAGCUGCUGCUGAACCAGCUGCUGGCCCGCAGCCAGGACGGCCCCACCCCCGACCUCUACAGGUUCUUCAGGGAGCCCUGGAGCCUGGCUCUGUUCCACGACCGCUUCCCCGACCUGGAGCAGGAGAUCCAGCAGGGCCUGGAGUCCCUCCCCCUCACGGACGAGGACCCCACCACCGUGACGGAGCUCAUCCGUCAGCUGGCGGCCGGCCGGCCGGACCUCCGUGGGGGCGACCCGGCGCUCUACCUGCGGGAGCGGUUCGCUCGGAGCCACGCGCGGGCGGCGCUGAGGACCAGCGCGCUCAACUACCUGAGCUUCAACCGGAGCCAGCUGCCGGGGUACAUGCCGCGCGGCCCGCUGUGA